AUGAAGCGCUGUAAAACCACCCUGAACAGAACUUCUCUCGCCAUCCCUGCCGAUCAGAAGAUCGCCCUUCCUGUCCGUCUUCUCACUUCAGCCAUCCAACCCAAUCUCCUUCACCUCGAGCUCAACAUGGUUCAGUCUGAAGCGAAGGACGCGGAUUUCAUUGCAGAGUUCACUGACGACCCUGCCUGGGUCGACGGCGACGUCUGCGUCAUCUCGUCCGACGGUGUACGCUUCCGCGUACCGAGCUAUCUUCUCGCUUGGGCAAGGUAUGAUUAUGACCAGGAUACCGAACUGCACUUGACGGACACGACUUUCGAGGAUGCUGGCACCCUGCGCCUGUUCUUGGAGCUUGUCUCACCUGCCCGGUUUAGUCUCGCCAAGCUCAUCGAGCUUGACUGGAAACCUCUCUCUCUCCAGCUGAAUCGUCUCAUCACCUUCCUUGACAAGUACGGCUCGGAGGUCGGAGUGAGGAUGCUCAGGCUUCUCAGUUCUGAGUUGAUUUUGCGCCAGACCGAGAUCACCAGUUCAUGCGAAGGUCAACUCAUAUUCGCCUGCAUGACGAACGAUUUAGGACUUUGUGUGAAGCUUAUUGGGAAGUCCUCUGACCUUGUCUGGGGCCCGAAAAAGAAACAACCUCCUGCCAGUUCUGUCGGCCCUGACGGGUUGCUUGACGCUGUGUUCCCGGCCCACUUCUGCGAGAUGAACAGAGCGCCAUUCAAGUUCGUGGCAUCACUUCCUCUCCCGUACCAGUGGGCAUUGGGCAGAUCUGCUAUCAUCUUCAGUCCAAGGGAGGAGACGGACAAGUUCUGUGACAAGUUUGUCGAGAUUGUCUGUAAGAUUCUAACAGAGGACGAUGAUAAUCCCUUCCCUCCCAUCAUCGCUAAGCCCCACAUGGAGGGGUACAAGGCGCCCAAGGAAGCCGAGGGCCCCAAACCCGCCCUCCAAGCUGCUCCAUAG